GGAAUCCUGCUCUGAACCAAGUCAAAUUUUGGGGGAAAAAACGCGCCUUUGAUCUAAUAAUUAAACCUAUAAUUAAAUUAAAUAAAAACCUUAAUUUAUACAGAUUAUUAAAAUAAAAUAUUUAUUAUCAUUCUAAUCUUACUUUGAGCAACAAAUCUAUUAAAACUAUAGAUUUUUUUCAUGUUUUAAUGUAUUAAAAAUAAAUGAAUAAAUCCAAAACCUAAUGACUGAAAUGUUUUCAGACAGACAGAUAUGCAUUGGUGUCCAGCAGCUGAUAAAGAGCCGAGCGGGUUGCGCCCACUUUCAAACCGUCGUGGAAAGUGAACCGAUCCAGAAACCUCCACCGAUGGCUCCUCGGUACGCUCCGAGCCUGCGCUCCCGCCUGGGCCCUUUGUUGCUUUUCCUGCUGUCUGGAUUCAUCAUAUCUGCAUUUUAUUUUGAAAUCCGCGAUGAAGCCAUUCCCAGAGAUAAGUAUGCAGAAUUCCAGGAUGUGAACGUGAUGGUGGUUCUUGGCUUUGGAUUCUUGUGCACCUUUCUGGUGCGUCAUGGUUUCAGCAGCUCCGGGUUCAAUCUCUUUGUGGCUACCAUAGCAACCCAAUGGGCCCUCAUAUUAAUGGGUAUUGAGUCCUGGUAUGACAAAAGAAGAAUUCUUGUAGAUCUCCGAAGUAUUUUAGUUGCUGAGAUGAGUGCAGCUUCUGCCCUCAUCUCUUUGGGGGCCGUGCUGGGGAAAGUCAACCCGGUUCAGCUUAUCCUGUUGGCCCUGCUGGAGGUCCCAGCGUUCAUCCUGAAUGAAUGGGUCCUCUUGAGUCUCCUAAAAGUCCGACCUCAGAACAAUAUCAUGCUGCUCCACAUCUUUGGGGCCUUCUUUGGACUCACGCUGACAUGGAUCCUGCACCGCAAAGGCUCCCAGCAAGGAUUUGAAAAAGAGAAAUUUGACAAAAAAUCUGGGCUUUUCUCCAUGUUGGGGAGCUUGUUUCUCUGGAUGUUCUGGCCCACCUUUAACUCAGUUCUGGUGGAUGACCGGUUCCCUGAGAGGAAGCUGGAGGCCGUGUGCAGCACAUACCUGGCCCUUGCCGUCAGUGCAGUGACAGCAGCUUCUGUGUCUGUGCUCUCCAGUGCAAGAGGAAAACUUAACCUGAUCCAAAUGCAGUCUUGCAUCCUUGCUGGUGGUGUUGCUGUCGGCGCGUCCAUGACUGCAGUCCAUCAGCCCUGGGAAGCCAUGGCGAUUGGAUUCACUGCUGCUGUGCUAUCGACUACAGGAUUCAAAUAUCUUAAGAGCCACAUGCUACUUGCAUUCGAUUGCCAUGACACUGCCGCUACCUUGAGCACCCAUGGACUCCCAGGUCUGCUGGGAUGGUUUGCACAUCUCAUCCUGGAGAUUAAGAACUGUGAUGAUCACACAGUGGCCAUCCGCUUUGCAGUUUUUCACAUUUGCACUCUCCUCGUCACCAUUACUAUAAGCUUGACCACGGGAGCUCUGACGGGGUUUCUGCUCAGCCUGAACUUCUGGAGGCCUCCUCAAAACAGGAAAUGCUUUGAUGAUCAAGCUUUCUGGGAGGUAAGCGGUCAUCCUUUGUCAGCUGAAGAAGUCGGGAUUGUUUACAUACACACCACAUUCUACAGACGUGUUAUUCUGGAUAAGAUUGUACUGUGUCUAAUAUGUUUACAAGUGUUGCAGCAACUUAAAUAUCCCUGUUUAGAAGCAUAUUUUAAAUAAGGAGGAUUUUAUUAAGCAUUCAAAUGUGGAAACCUGAAGAAUACGGUCUUGCUAGUGAAGUCAUGAGCUCACCAUGUGUCUACACACUGCUCUGGUGUUAAAGUUUAGAACAACAGAUGCAAAAGAUUUAUUCAGUAAAUGUCAUCACUUCAUUGAAAUUUAACUAUUUUUGUACUUUUUCCAAUUUGUUCCUAUAAUUGACUGUAUGAGAACUGGACCGAGUGACUC